AAAUUCCAUAUUGGAAAAACCUUUUUGCAAUUUAGAUUACCAAAAUAUUAUUAAAUAAAUAUUCUGCACUGCUCUGUACCAGAACUGUCUGGUGUGUUUUCACUCCCAGAUGUUUGGUGGAUACUAUCGGGAUGGCACAAAGAUUUCAACCCUCCUUCGGAGGCAACUGUUUAUCCUGCUUGGUAUCUAAGAAAUGGCUUUACAGAUUAUUCUUCUUAAUUCAAAGAGUUAAAUGUUUGUGAAACACUUGAAUGGAAACCACUCAGCCACUGAACAAAUAUUUAUUCAUUUUUAUUCAUUUAUUAAUUUUAUAACCUGCACACGGAUGGCCUGAUGAAUCCAUUGAAGGCUCAGCUACUUUUACAUUGAAUAAUUGUUAGCAUGUAUGUUGAGCUUCACAGCCCAAGGCAGAAAAGGUUUCUCUACAUUUACAUUUAUCAUACGUCUGUGGCAAAACUUAUGUCUUGCGUUCUUGCAUUGUAGCACGUAGCCUUAACAGAAACAGGUUGGGUUACUCAGUGCUGGAGAUUUCUUCACUAUUUUUUCAGCCAGCUGUCUGAGAGAUGGAUGGAUGGGUGGGAUAUGAUGAUGUGUUUUAAAUAAAAGUCAGAAUGCAAUAUGUCAUGCAGUUUUAACAUUCAAUGUGGUCCAUCAACAGCAGACACCAGCGAAGAUUUUACUUACAGUGCAUCCGGAAAGUAUUCACAGCACUUCACUUUUUCCACAAUUUGUUACAUUACAGCCUUAUUCCAAAUUGUAUUAAAUUCAAAUCUUUUCUCAAUAUUCUAUACAAAAUACCCCAUUAUGACCAUGUGAAAAAAGUUUUCUUGAGAGUUUUGAAAAUUUAUUAAAACAAAAAAACAAAGAAAUCAUAUUUACAUCCAGGCACCAUUGAUGCAGGCUCUUCAGGCUCAGCUGCCAACUACACUUCUGUCUGCUAAAAAACAAUGAAAAAUGACAAACCAAUAAUAUUUUGACUUCCAACAAAAUUAGCUCUUCAAAUAUGACUAAGACAGCACUGAGACAUGAUAAAUUGAUGCAAUCCUCUAACUGUUUAUCGUGGAAAAUUCUGGUCAGAAGUGAUUAAGAAGAGUAAGGAGAGAUUGUGUUAUGGUUGUCUGGGGAAACCAUUAAUAAUUAAAUUCCCCCAACAACAAACUGCAUGUCAGUGUGUGUGUUUGGCAGGACAGUUGGAGCUUUGGAUGGACUUGCUGGAAGGUAAACAUUUUCAGUGUUUUAUUUUCAGUCUGUGUUUAAUGAUGAUGAUCAUAAAAAUAAUAAUUAGGAAUGCACAGAAUUGAACAUAUAUGGCUAAAUAUAGAAUAAACUUUUAUUAAUUUUGCUGUUUCUUGUUGUUCAAGAAAUGUAGGAAGAGCAGUAACAUAAGUGCUUCACAACAUAAGAUAAACACUGAGUGUCCUUGCCUGCCCGUAAUAAUCCAAUCAUAAUCAGAUAUAAUCUGCAUUUAUCUUGCCAAGUAAAGAGCAUAGACCAGUUUCUCAUUGGAUUAAUGUCUAGAAAUCUGAUAAGGAGAGCUAGUUUUAGCCCAGCAAUCAGAUUACUCAGUGCAUGUGUACACUUACUCCGUCUGAACAUGCAUGCAAAAGUAAUUAGAUUACACAGAAGCUACUUUUUGUCUUUAGGGUGAUACAAAAAUGCAACAUUGCGUACUAUUAUACUCAUAAAAAAUAAGUAGUUUUUUACACUUUUAAUUAUGGAAUUAUUAAAUGCAUGUAAACACGCUCAAUGAAACAAAAAAACAGAGCACCCCAUUCAACUAAAGAGUCAAACUAAGCAUGUGCAGAGUAGACUUGGCCUCCAGUAGGGUUCACCUACAAUUUGUAAAUUUUGCCAAGACUGAUAAUUUGAUUAGAUCAACUUUUAUCAAGAAACUUGAUGCUAGUUGAGGUGAUUAGUUUGCUAAAGUUUACUGUGCCAUCCACCAUGUUUGCUUUAACUUAAAAAUCACAUUAAAUAGGACAAUUUUAAGUUUUGUUUCUUUUCAGUGAAACAUUUUACAUUUGGCCCUGUGGUGGUAAAGUGGCUUUAGAGUCAGAGCUACUAGGAAACUAAAGACGCAAACAGUCAAGCACUGAAGCAUGUCUUUAUCAGCAAUGUAUCAUCAGAACUCUAUUCCUCAGAGUGAACCCCAUUGUGAUCUCAUUGUGCUCCUGGGCUGUAAAGUGUUUGUUCAAUCAAGUGUUCUGUCUCACUGCAGCAAUUCUUUCAGAGCAGAGGGGAAUCGUCUUCAAACAAAAACCCGACAGAUUCAACAUUAAUCAAAAGGUGCAAUAGGCAGAAUUUCCUCCAGGCCUUUUCUUUCAAAUAGAGAUCACUAUGAAUGCGGGUGCAUUACUUCAGCCUGCCUCAGGAGGGAAUCUCUCGAGAUUAUCCAACCUCCCAUUUUGGGAGAGACGCUGGAAAGAUGGGCCUGAGAAGACCUACGAAACUACAUCCCAGAAAAGCUUCAGACCACUUCCCUCCAUUACCAAAACAGCUGCUGUUACCAAACCUCUACCAGCACAAGUGGUGCACAGGGAUCUUCAGCAUAUCAAGGAGUACGAGUCAGAGUCAGCCAAGGCCUUCUCUUCCCACAAUCCUGUGCCAAUCACUCGAGUACCAGGAUGGACCAAGUAUGGCACGAACUGGACGAUGCACUCAGAUGAUCGAUGCACAAACUUCCACAGCACUCAGUCUGAGAGCUUCCAAAGUCUGAACACAGCAUCCUCAACACACAGGGCUGUUCCUCCUGUUGAUUCUGUGCAGCUGAGCUAUGCACAGUACAAGCUUCCUGACAGCACUCAGAAAGAAACUUACAUCCCACAGACAGUUUCACCGAUCAUCAGGGCAAAGGUGAAGCACCUGGGUGGACCACCAACAAUUAAAGGGGAUGAGAAGUGUUCUUCCCAAAACUCACAUUAUAAUGAACACUUCCAGUACAGAUGGUGCUCUCCUCCUCAGUCCGUUGAGAAGCAAUACCAUUCAUCCUUGGUAAUGGGGGAUAAAGAGAAAAUAGCAGAAACUGAGACAACGCACUCAACCUCAUUCUGCAACAGACGGGCCUGCAGCCCUGUGACGCUGAAGGAACGUCUAGGAAUCAACCUUCAAUACGAUCGAGGCGGACUACCCAACUGGACCACAACUUCAUCUGACACUUUUACUGAGAUCAAGUCUCGAGCGUGCCAAGCUCAGCUAGUCCGGAGAAACAGAAAUGUCAGCUCCUUGCCUCCAGGAGAUACGGACAAGAUACGCCACCAAAAGAGGAUGACGGACACCACUAACAGCUUCUUCUUUCCAGAGGAACACACUUCCCAGUUCCCAGUUCAUGUAAAUGGUGCGAAUAUCAGAACCAAAAGCAAUGUCCAGUUUGGACGCCCCGAAAUGGCUGGGAUAUUUUACAGCACAACAAAUCUUGAAAACUAUUUGCAGAAACAGCUGACUCCAGUCCAGCGGCAUCACUGCCCUCCCUCCCAAAUACUGCAAUAUGAAGAUGCUGUUCCAGCUGUAAGUACAAUGCAUAGUGAUUACACUCUACUAAACGGCAGAAAACAUGACCUAAGUCCUGAGCAGCUUUAUCAGAUAAAAGACAGUCACAUCAGGCUUCCCCAAAAUGGAAUUUACUUCACAACGACCCACAAAGAAGCUUUUGAGCCUAAGCCUAUCUCCAAGACAUCUUUGGACAACCCACCCCUGCAGAAUAUCAGCCACAUGCCUUUUGGACCAGGGCAACAUGCUGCUAAGUGAUGCCCAAAGCUUAAAAGCUACCCCUACCUAAAAUGUAAAAAGUAAAUGUAAAAUGUGAGUUGUCUUCUCAAAUAAACUUUAUUAAAGCCCCUUUUGCUCUGCCAAUGCUUUUGUAUUUACACAGGCAAAUAUCUUAUCAGAGCAAAAAUACUGUUUGCGGCCUGCUGUGAAAAUGCCACGUGUUCGGCAUGAAGCUGCGCAUGUGAGAGAAGUUGGGGUUA